CGUGAAUAGUAACCAGGCCGCCUUUUCCUGAGUUUAUGUCCGAAACAUAUAUAUGUUUCCAGGCCCAUCGUUCUCCCUCAGAAGAUGUCAACUACUCCUGCAUCAUCAUCAGAAACUCCCAACACCAAGAACGAUCGCCUUUCACUCGAUCCUCUAGGCGCUAUAUCGAAAUCGAACGCACUCUCCAAUCACUAUCUCUCUCUAUUAGCCAACCCAAGCAAAAUGUCUUCAGCUUUCCCAUGGGGCAUUGAGACCUCUCGUCUCGACGGCAAGGUCGCUCUCGUCACAGGAUCCGGCCGUGGUAUCGGAGCUGCCAUCGCACAAGAACUCGCUCGACGAGGAGCGAAAGUUGUUGUGAACUACGCCAACUCAUCCGACGCCGCCGAAAAGGUCGUUGGUGCUAUCAAGGAGCACGGCGGAGAUGCCAUUGCCCUCCAAGCAGAUGUUGGCGAUGUCUCACAAACCAUCAAGCUCAUGGACCAAGCCGUCGAGCACUUCGGCCAACUCGACAUUGUCUGCUCGAACUCCGGUGUUGUGUCAUUCGGACACUUGAAGGAUGUGACAGAAGAGGAGUACGACCGCGUUAUGAGAAUCAACACUCGUGGACAAUUCUUCGUUGCAAGAGAAGCAUACAAGCACCUGUCUGUGGGCGGCAGAAUCAUCAUGAUGGGUUCCAUCACUGGUCAGGCAAAGGGUGUGCCAAAGCACGCAGUAUACUCUGGAUCCAAGGGUGCCAUCGAGACAUUCGUGCGAUGCAUGGCUAUCGACUGCGGUGACAAGAAGAUCACCGUGAACUGUGUCGCACCUGGUGGUAUCAAGACCGACAUGUACCACGCCGUGUGCAGAGAGUACAUCCCAGAUGGAGAGAAGCUGAGCGAUGACGAGGUUGAUGAGUACGCAAAGACAUGGUCCCCAAUGGCUCGCGUUGGCCAGCCAGUCGACAUUGCACGUGUUGUUGGCUUUUUGGCCUCUCAAGACGGCGAGUGGGUCAACGGCAAGGUCAUUGGCAUUGACGGUGCCGCUUGCAUGUAAAGCUCUCAAUCGAAUCUUUGCCCGACUUUUAGCGUAUGCAUAGAUCCGGUUUCAAUCGGCUUGUGCGCGAGGUAGAUAUCCAGGUAGCGAAUUCAAACGAUGCUCAUGUCAACCGGA